UAUGUCAAGCAUCCGAUGAGCUUUGCACCUUCAUGUGCCAACAUUUCCCAUUUGAUAAUGACUACUGCCGUGGCUAGGCACGCACCACAUCCUGGUCCCGGUUUUAUUGAAUGAAGCAACCAAUAUGUAUGUUGUUGCACCCCCUAUUGGCUCCUUGGGUGUCGCGACGCAUCUCCAGCAGUAGAAUCAGGAGUGCGUGGCAAAGGAACGCUACGCAAGCUCCAUUUAAACGCAAAGCAGAUAGCAUGAUCUGGAAGUAUAAAUAUAUAUCGUGGCCAAAAAUAUACGCCAGACAGUUCAGCGGCAUGUGCAGCUACAUCACACAUCUGAGAACCUGCUGCUUAUGCGCCGAGGAGGAAACUAUUCUCAUAUCUGAGAAGCCAUGCUCGGCAACUAAGAAAGGCAUUUUCGGUUCUUGCGGGAGAGGCAUCAAAAACAGGCGCAAAACUAACGAGUCGCUCUACCAAUGUUGGAACUGCAGGCACAAUGUCAACUGGGUUGUAUAUAGGCGGUCGCUAAGGAUGAACAUGACAUGAACAACUCCCGCAUAUUUUGACAUUCUAUAUUUCAAUCAAGCAUCACACAGUCGAUGAAGAGCCAGGUAACCCUUGGCGAAACGGAUAAGGAGGGUUACUGCGUCACAGCGAGCCAUGGCGCAAAGGGAGGUGGUUUUCUAGGACCAAAAUGAGCUUUGAAGCGAACACGAUGCCGACGAUGGCAUGAAAAGCCGACUUCUUUUCUCCCACUUUCGUGUGAAGGAGUCGUGGGAGCGGCAAUGUCACAAUGAGACCUUUUCUUCCGCA